AUGUUCACCAUCCGUGGACACAAGCACCACAACAACAACCGCACCCCGCAUCAACAGCCUACCCAACAGCCGUCCGGUCCACCAGGGCCUCAUCCCAACCCGUGGAUUUCGCAGACAACCCCUGAGGAAUCUACUCAGCAUUCCUCCUCUGCCCAGCCGCAAGCUCAAGGCCCGAAACUUCUGGCCCCUUUCAUCAGGGGGUCAGCAAGUGGGCAGCCUCUGCGAGCUGGGCUUGGGACCGCGACGGCUGUGACUCCGGUCCACCAGGCACCCAUGCCAGUUUCGGUGUCUUGACUUCAUCUGUCGACACUGAUCCGACCCAUCUUGACCACAUCACACUCAACUUGUGAUUGUGGUCGCCCAGCCUGCGAGCUUAAGGCCCCCCAAGCAGCUCUCCAAUCAACUUGGGAGUCUGCGGGCAGCGACCGCAGGCUGGGCUUGGGACCGGAGGUGGGCGUUUAGAUGUUGUGUUGUGGUGGUUGUGUUUGCCGGUCCAGGGGCGUUGCCCGUGUGAUUGUCGUCCCGGCGACAUUGGGGUGCCCACUUGAUUGGGAUGGCCGGUGUAUGGCGUGCAAGAGGAAGAGGGGGCGCGAUCCACGAUGCGGAAUUGUGGAAUAUGGUUGGUGGACGGGGUGGGGGCCGACAAGAUUGUUAAGAAUUGGAAGAAGGGAGAAGAGGG